CGGCGCUUGCGCAGUGAGAGGUGGGCCCGCAUGCGCGCUGGGUUGAGCGAGACGCACGCUGAGGAGUUUCGGCGUCCGGUCCUGCUGUACCGAGUCUACUCGUUGCCAUUAAGGAGCUCGGCGUGGAACCUCAGUUCGGGAGUCACACAUACGCUUCAGAAUGCCGGGUCUAAGUUGUAGAUUUUAUCAACACAGAUUCCCUGAGGUGGAAGAUGUAGUGAUGGUGAAUGUAAGAUCCAUUGCUGAAAUGGGAGCUUAUGUCAGCUUGUUGGAAUACAAUAACAUUGAAGGCAUGAUUCUUCUUAGCGAAUUAUCCAGGAGACGUAUCCGUUCUAUAAACAAACUGAUCCGCAUUGGCAGAAAUGAAUGUGUAGUUGUCAUUAGAGUGGAUAAAGAAAAAGGAUAUAUUGAUUUGUCAAAAAGAAGAGUGUCUCCAGAGGAAGCAAUCAAAUGUGAAGACAAAUUCACAAAAUCCAAAACCGUUUACAGCAUUCUUCGCCAUGUUGCUGAGGUACUAGAAUAUACCAAGGACGAGCAGCUGGAAAGCCUGUUCCAGAGGACUGCCUGGGUCUUUGAUGACAAGUACAAGAAGCCUGGAUAUGGUGCUUAUGAUGCCUUUAAGCAUGCAGUCUCAGACCCAUCUAUCUUGGAUAGUUUAGAUUUGGAUGAAAACGAACGAGAAGUACUCAUUAACAAUAUCAAUAGGCGUUUGACCCCACAAGCUGUCAAAAUUCGAGCAGAUAUUGAAGUAGCUUGCUAUGGUUAUGAAGGAAUUGAUGCUGUAAAAGAAGCCCUGAGAGCAGGCUUGAAUUGUUCUACAGAAACCAUGCCCAUCAAGAUUAACCUGAUAGCUCCGCCCAGGUAUGUGAUGACGACGACGACACUAGAGAGAACAGAAGGCCUCUCUGUGCUCAAUCAGGCUAUGGCAGUCAUCAAAGAGAAGAUUGAGGAGAAGAGAGGCGUGUUUAAUGUUCAAAUGAAGCCCAAAGUGGUCACAGACACAGAUGAGACUGAGCUUGCAAGGCAGCUGGAGCGGCUUGAGAGAGAAAAUGCAGAGGUGGAUGGAGACGAUGACGCAGAAGAAAUGGAAGCCAAAGCUGAAGAUUAGCCUUGUGGGAAACAGUCUGAUUUAAGGAAUAUGAAGCUGCCCUUCCUGGCUGUAAACCCUAGACUUGAAAGUUUUCCAGUAUUGAAAACUUCGAAGCUGAAUAUUUUUAUUUCCAAGUAUUCAAGUGUUCAACAAACCAGAAUCUAACCACCCUCCUUGUGUCAGCCACAAAGAAGCUCUAACACCUCAAGCAUUUUUUUAAGGGAGUGGCUUGAUUUGACCAGAAGCAAAUCUUAAAGAGCAGCCCUAAAAUUGGGCUUUCGGUUUCCAUUUCUGAUGUGUCUGGAUUCAUUGCCUCCAUGAGAUUUACCAGGGGCACCCAACACAAACAGUCCCAACCUUUCUAUAUAAAAUGUAUUCAAGCCAACAUCAAAUAAAUUUCUGGGAUAUUUAA